AUGCUCCUCAAGAGCCUCACCGGCACGCCGUUCGACGACCUGAAGCACCUCGCCAAGGACGACGAAUGGAUGCAGAGCGAGGAUAAUGGGGCUCGCAUGCUGAAGCUGAUGAAUACCAAGGAGCUGUACGGAGAGGAUGAACGUGAAGAGAUGAUCAACACCCUGGUCAAGGUGACAUACAGCCUCAGAAGGCAAAAAGGGGAGGCCUACAAGGCCUUCUUCGCCCGCUGGGACAACGCUGUCCGCCGGCUGAACGAGCAUAAGGUGGAACUGCCGCAAGAGUACCUGGGAUUCCUUCUUGUGAUGGCCUUGCAGGUCACCCCGGAAGAGGUGAAGUUGAUGAUGAACUACACCCAGGGUAAGCUGACGCAGAAGGCCGUGAAGGAAUGGAUCCGGGUCCAGGAGGCAGACUUGGCAUGGAGUGCCUCGAGCCAACGGCCCAAGAAGGCGGACUCGAUCAUGAUGAUUGACGAGGCCUCGGAAUAUACCGGGGAGAUCCCUUCUGAAGCGCCGGAGGAUGAUGAGAAUCUCGAGGUUCUCCUGAACGCCCUCGGCGAGCUUGACGAGAAUGACGACGGCAGCUCUACGGCCUACACGGACGUCUUCGACGAGGACGAGGCCAAGGAGGUGCUCGCCACCAUGGUCAAGGAGCACUCCAAGGGUGGAUUCCGCAGGUCAUUCAAGGCAGUGAAUGACGCGAAGCGAGCCAAGGGGCUGGCCCGAGGAUACGGUGCACAGCGAGAUCCCAGUGGACGCUUUGGUGGUGGCAAGGGCUCCGAGAGCGUCAAGACCGGACAAUCCUACCGGAUUUCGAUCGAGGCCUUGAAGAAGAAGACGAGAUGUGGAAAGUGCGGGCAAAUUGGACACUGGCACAAGGAGUGCCCGAAUCCUGCCAAACCCAAGGAGAGCCACUACUUGGAGCAGGAGUCCGAGGAGGCCCUCUUUCUACACUACCUCGACUUCGUCGAUUACCAGGCCAAUCGGUCACAGACGACGCCGCCCGUCGCCAGAAGCACCGCAGCCUCGUCGAGUGACGUUUUGCAUAGGACCCAGAGGGUGGCCUGCAUGCCGGCAAGCUUAGAUCUAGAUCCACAACGUGGUCUACGUAUGAAGCUGCGCAAAUUUGACUAUGAGGAGGACCGUCAACGCCGGCGCCAAUUCCACUGGCGGAGGAUGGUACUACGGUUCUUCUGCAUCAUGGCCAACAGCGUCUACUCGAUGGUGGUCAACCACCUGGGGAUCAAGGAGGACCGCCGAGACCGGCAAAACCAAAUGGUGGAGACACUUCGCGGGAUGAACCGCGAGGAGCUCCAGGACGCCCAGGACAUGGUCCAAGGAGCUCUCCUGGCGGCGAACUACCAAGAGGAAGACUGGGACGUGGUGGACCAAGUGAUCCUCGGCACCCCAAAGAAGCGCCAAGCGGAGGAGACAGAGAACGAGGGGAUGUCGACCGACGAGUUCGACAACCCGAAGGUGCUGCUAUGCUACUGCAAUCUCGAGGCGGUUCUUCUCCGGACCAAGAAGAUGGGGCCAAACCUCCAUCGGCUGUUCUGGCGGUGCCCGAGGUAUGCCGAUAUCGGGAGCCGAUGCGAGUUCUUCCAGUGGGAGGAAGCCUCCGACGACAAGGUCUCCGAGCUCCCCGGCACCAUCCAAUCUGUCCCUCAACAGCCUUUCGAGGAGCCCAGCGCCGCCCACGAUGACGAGCUCAGCUCCAGGAUCGGUUCCGAGAACUCCUUUCCUGGACNNGGCCGACAACCCGUGCAGCUGCGAGAAUCCCCGGCUAGUGGGCACGGGAUCCAAUGCUUGGGUGACCCAAGUGAGGUGCACGCUUUGCGGCAAGACGGUGACGAGGAAGCCUACGGCGAAGGCUCAUGCCUACUACGCGAAGAAGAACAUGGUGCCACCUACGCCGAAGGAGUUGCCGCCGACACCACCAACCUCUUCGGCGGCUACCCCGAAGCCCUCGGUCAUGCCCGGGACCCCGCUCUCCACCAACCUCUUCGGAGCGAGGGCGGCAAAGGCAAGCCCAGCGAGCUCCCACGAGUCGGCGAGCAGCUCCCACCUGGGAGCCGGGCCAAAGAAGUCCAGUUCGAGGAGUUCCCGGAAGNNAGCGAAGCCGGCACCCCGGAAGACGGGGUACUUGUGCUGGACGAGACCUACGCCGAGUACCAGGAGUUCAAGCGGUUCAUGGAGGCCAAGAAGGCGGUGGAGGCAUCCCAGAACCGCCGUCAGUGA